AUGGAAAUCGGAUUGGGAAAAAAACGUAAAUCAAGUAAAUUAAGCGGUGGUUCCUCGAUUCACAUCCACAAUUCGACAUUAUCAGGAAACUCUCUUGCCGUUGCUGGGAGCACUUCAACUACUAAGGCUAUUAUUAAACGCAAGCGAGAGCUUAGAGAAAGAAAGCCAGUAUCUUAUGCUGAAGACUCAACGGACACAGAUAUAAGUUCAGAUCCUGAUUAUGAGGAAUCUCGGAGAAUUAAAAGACGAUUUGAUAUUAAUGGAUCCAUCACUGCUGAAAGUGAUUAUGAUCUUUCGAAUUUUGAGCGUGCUUAUCAAUCUCUUGAUCCCCAAAAAACAUGGACUCUCAAUUCGUCUGGUCGUGUUGUCGAAAAAGUUAUUUAUGAUCAUGCACGAAAAUUUAAACAUGAUUCCUACUUACACUCUUUCAUUAUAAAUGAUGCUGAUCAAGAGGCAAAAAAACUAUUUAACAACGAUGAAUGGAAUGAAAUCUUUUCCACCAAUCUCAAACAAGUACCAAAUAUCGAUAAAAAUAUUACAGAUUUCUUAAAAAAUACACAGUACACGAACUAUCUACCUUUCAAAAAGUUGUAUUUAUCCAUGUAUUCUCUGUGGGAAGGAGAAAGCAAUUUUAAUUCAUCUUCAAAACUAGAAGGUUGGUUUGAGAUGAAUGUUUGGGCCCAUUUAGUAGAUCCUGCUUUUCGUGGGAUGGAAAUUGAGCUACGCAACAAUCACCUUGAAUUCGGUGCGAUUGAAGCCGGGAGAAACUGGGAGGGAUCAAAAGGAACCAAGUUCCUAACAGAUUCCUUAAAAAUGUGUAAAAUGCUUAAAGACAUAUUAAACGAACUUGCAAGCGAAUGCAAUAUGAAAGAAGAUAUUGUAAGGAAGCUACAAACAGCCGGGAUUCUCCAAGGAGCCAAUAUGAUGCAACUAAUUACUGUUGAUCUUCCGAUGGGAUAUGUUACUCGUAUUUGUCGUCGAAAAUUUUAUGAAGUUCCUAGUCGUUUAAGCAAUUACCAAUCAUUUGCGUUCAUUAUAAUGGAGGUUUUAGCCUUAAAAUCUAUAAUUAAGCGAACAUUUAACUUAGUAAACGAGUCAAUAGAUUUUGAACAGUUUCUCGAGAGCUAUUAUGAAAAUGAUAAGCCCCAGACACCCCCUCGAAAUAGUGUAUCUCUUACAUCAUCUACUCAUACGACCCCUAAAAAAAACGAGUUAAAGAUCUUCAAGAUACUAUUCAAG